UGUGCCGUGUCCGGCGACCUGCGACACAUAGUGUCAGAGCGAGGAGCAGGGGCGGCAGUAACCAUGACACUACAGCCUCUGCCAGCUCUGUACCUAGCAGUGCUCACGGUGAGCCAUGGUGGGGCCGCCCAAGCGCUCGACACGCAGACGACGGCUCCAGACUUCUGGUGGGACCUGACACUAAACCACAGUGCUCCCAUUAGCACGGUACUCGGAGAACACGCUGAGGGUGAAGGAAGGGAGGUUCCCGAAAAGGAAUUACCGUUCGCCUGGGACCUGGGAUGGGCAGAAGGCAACACGAGUACGUGGAGUGCCGGUGGAUCAGCAAGGUGGACAGCCUGGGCCUGGAAAUCCAACUGUGACUCCAACAUAACUGGUGGUGGAUUCCUCUUCAACAAGACUGGAGAGGAAACAGCGCUAGGUGGCGUCAGCUGGCUACGAGAGAACCAGAGUAGCACCAUCACUUGGAACUGCUUCGCGGAAGGGAAUUUGACGGGACCUUUACCAUGGAGUAACUGGGAAUUAAAGUUCGCCGACGACGUAUUGAUUGGAUUCAUGACCGAAAGGACACGCUGGGGUUUCUACGUAGGUUCGGACCUGGUUCUGAGCAAACACUGCGCAAACGGAAUGCCCGUGGUUGGCAAGCUCUACAAGUUCCGGCAUGGGAAGGAAAUUGAGAAGUCCGUUAAGGACGACCCGUUCAAAACAGUUACAUAUUCGAGGCGGAAGCGAAGCCCCGACUUCUUCGACAGGGUUGGUCAGAAGGUUAAAGAAUUGUUUGAGAAGGCUAAGAGGUUACUUGGUAUCGGACAACAACAAGACGGGCAAGGCGCUCAAGAUGAUCAGGAGGGAAGAGAUGGAGGACAGAAGUGCAACUCGUUCUUGGAUCUCGUGAUGAGGAUCAUUAACCUGAUAUUCAGGAGACGAAGCACGCCAGCAGGUCCCCCAGGAAGUCCCCCAGGAGGGAACUUACCGCCACCUGGAGAUGCAGAUGGUGGAUCAGCAGAAGAUGACUUAGGUGGAGACCCCCCAGGCGGAGCCAAUGUACCUCCACCUGACGCGGAAGAGAUAGACACAUCUCAAAACGAUGCAAUUCGGGACUGGGAAUGAAGGAAUUUGUUGCAAAAUGGCAUCUGUAUCGGAGUAUAAUAAAAGUAAACUUGAUUUGUUCUAAA